AAGAUCGAGGGCGCUUCUCCAUCCUGGUACCCCUGUAUUCCUAUUUCCCUUCUGAAGAAUGCGUGGACGCUCGAGGGGUCCCUAGUCUUGUCCAUCGCCAUCAUAAGGUCGCUUCCCUGAGCUGGUGACUUCCCAUUCCCAGGGGCACAAAGCUCAAUGUGGUUGAGGGGACAGGCUGGUCUCUGGUCUUUUAUCUCCCCAGCUUUCCCCGGGCGCGCAGAGCCCACCCACUUGGGUCAGUGUGCUAGAUACAGGAGGUUCCGCCUGUGCCUGGUGGCCAGGACCCCCCACCCCCACUCCCCGGGCAUUUCCUAGGUUUGGAAGCCCGGCGGAGGGUCGCAGGCGACUUCUAGGGACUUCACCUAUUUAAGCGGGGCAAGGAAAGGUGCCGAUGCCCGCCGGACCUGAGGGCGAGAGAGAGAGGGGGGGUGUUGUUGGUAUCGCCCCCCUCCUUCUCCUCCCCCCAGGGGUGAAAGUGCAAGAGGAAGUGCAGCCGCUGCCAUCUUUCCUCCGUUCCGAACACACGGAGCCCGGGGCCGCAGCUCCGCCGCUCCAACCCGUCGCCUACGCCUGGCCCGAGGCAAGGGCCCAACCCUGCUGCUGCCGCUGCCGCUGCUACCGCCGCCGUCGCCCGUCUGUUGUAGCUGCCGCUUCUACCGCCAGGCUCCGGGACUCGGCCCUGCUGCGCCACCGCCCCCCAACCCCCGUGCGCGCCCCGCCGCCGCCGCUGCCGCCGCCGCCGCCUUCGCCUUUUGUUUCCUCUGCUCCGGCGCCCCCGCCCCGGCUCGCGCUUUGCAGGGGACGCAGCGCGCGCCCCCAGCGGGCCCCGGGAAAAGACUCGGAGCGCGCGCCUGCGCCUGUAGAGACGGAGGAAGGGAGGCGGGCAGGCGGAGAAGAGAGAGGAGCGCGCGAGAUCCACUAG